UAUAGACAUUUUUCAUCGAAAUAACAAUAUGAAAUUUCAAGUUUUGUAUAUUUUUUUAAUUCUUGCAAAACUUGUCCUUUCAAUAGAGUUGAAAGGAUCUAUUAUUCCUAAUGCAUAUCUAUCAUCACCAAAACACCUGCCUUCUUCUACUGUUAUUUUAUUGUCAUCAGCAAAUAUCUUAAAAAGAACACAUUUAACAUCUAGAGGGGACUUUUCUAUUAAAAAUGUCACAGAAGGCUCUUAUUUAUUAGAAGUCGUAUGCUCUACACAUCUAUUUGAUCCAUUAAGAGUGGAUAUUUCUUUGAUUAAAAAAACUCAAACAAAUGAAAUAGAUUUAUCUGCUGAAAAAGAUUCAGAAACCUCAUAUUUAGAACUAAUUAAAGUAUAUAAAGUAUACAGGGGUAAUAAAUGGGAUGAUUUUGGUCCUAAAAUGCCAUAUCCAAUUCAGUUUAGUCCUGUAGGAGUUCAAUCUUAUGAUGUCAAAAAGGGUUCUUCAAAGAUUCUAUUACUUAAAAAUCCCAUAAUUCAAUUAUCUAUUAUAGCAAUAAUUAUUUUAUUUGUUUUCCCAAAACUAAUGGCUACAGUGGACACAGAACAAUUAAUGGAAUAUCAACGGGUGCAGGCACAAAGAAAAGAAAGAGGCCACUCAAAUGAAGCUCAAUCUUUUGAUAUGGCGUCAUGGCUUUCUAAUAAAACACUUAAAAAUUCAGAGUUACAGAAAAACAAAAAGAAUUAA